AUGUCUACCACCAGUCCCGAAAAAGAAAAAAUGCGCCCAGAGAACAGUACUCCUCAUAGCGACGAAGAGGGAGAAGUGGACGAGCGUAAUUCAUCGCCUGCAAAGUCCUUGGAUCAAGGUUCAGAAGACCAACGUGCCGCGGAAACGUCAACAGCCAACCCUCCUCUUCCUACCGAAGAAGAACCUCCUCCGAUACCUGUCGAGGCACCCCCUACCCAACCAGUGGAUGAUGGCUGGGAGCCGAUCUGGGAUGACCAUGCCCAAGCAUUCUAUUUCUUCAACCGGUUUACAAAAGUGACACAGUGGGAGAAUCCCAGAGUACCGGAGGCAUCUAGUCAACCCGGUGUACCAGGAGUUGGAAACCACGACAGAAUAGCGGCAGGACAGGGCCCGCCACCAAACCGAGUUGGCGGAUAUGACCCGGCCAUUCACGGUGACUACGACCCCAAUGCCGACUACGCCAAAGCCUACGAGAUCUCCUCUGCAGACAACGUGCCUGGUGCUGCCCCAGGCACAAUCGCUGCCGACAUGUAUGCCGCUUCGGGGACUUUUAAUCGCUUCACAGGGAAAUGGCAGCGAGCAGACCUCAACCCAGAAAAUUUCACCGAUGAGCAAAAGAGUCGGCGGCAGAUGAAUGCCUUCUUCGAUGUGGAUGCUGCCGCAAACAGCCACGACGGCAGAAGCCUGAGGGCGGAGAGGGCAAACAAGAAGUUGAGUAAGGCAGAGGUAAAGGCAUUUAAGGAGAAGCGGAGGGAGAAGAAGGAGGAGAAACGGCGCGCAUGGCUGAGGGAUUGA